GAAAAGGAUGCAAUGGUCAGAAGGGGCUGGAGAACCACAGGUUUGCGGUCCACUCAAUUAUUGCCAACCGUGUGAAUAUCCCUUUGUUUGACCUCAGUGCCCGCAGGUGCCCAUAUUGCUCCCAAGUAUUUACUCGCAAGGACACCUUGAUCAGGCAUAUUCAAUCGAAGCGUUGCCCACAUCUCUCGGAUCCGCAGCUUGUUCGGGCCCAGUCGCUACCAUCGCUUCCUACUUCAGAUCGACCUUCAACGACCGCAGCAGAGCCCAGUAUCUCGGGGGGCGAUGUUCAUUCCCGCGGCCGAGCUGGUCAAGAAACGAGACGCGGGCGAGGCAGGAGUCGAGAGCACCAAACCGAACGCCGACACCGAAGUUGCAGGCAUCUCGAAGAAGGACCGCUUGAUGACCAAGCUUCUGCUCCAGCACGAGGACAACUUUCGGGGCUCGGCGAGAGACCAGAACGUGGUGGUUCGGCUCCGAGUCGGAUCACAGAUGCAGGUGGCGCUGGAGUCGAGCACGGCACACUACCAGAAGGUAGGGAAGGAGGCCAGGGACACGGUCGCGGCCGCCGACUAUCGCGGCCACCCCCUCGGCAAGAAGCCCGACGCGUACCUCCGCAUGCUGUUGUUCAGAUUGAGCGAGGCGGUGGAGGACAGACUCGAAGAGGUCAAGGCCGCGGUUGCCCAGGGCGCCAAUCAACAGGAAUCAGCCGUGGCGUUGAUGACGCUCGUGGAGUUCGGGAAGAGCCUCAAGGACCCCGAAGUGAAACUCAAGGCGACGAGGUGCUUCGACGUGAGAGUGACAACGACGAUCGACGGAAAAGAAGUGGAGGAGGCCAAGUGGAUAUACGCCGCUAUGUCGCACCCAGCGGUGAUGGCAGCGUUGUAUGUCCUCAAAGCCAGUGGGGGGUUGAAGUCAGCGAGUUUGAUCUUGGAGGACGACGAGGCUCCCUUCCAAGACUGCCAAGGAGCUCGAGAGGAUGAUAUUCAAGGGGGGAGGAGACGGAACCCACGGAAAGCAGAAGCGCCCGAAGAAGAAGUGAGACCCCGUGCAGGCCCCAGCAGAUCUCAGCCUACAGUUGACAUUCGAAACUAUUUCCAAGUUCGUGGGCAGGGCUCCGAGGGGACCUAACUCAGUUGUUUUCAUUGAUGAGGGCCCGCCUUUACACUACAUAGAGGGUGUUUAGGCGGCCGCUCUCGUAGUGCCAUCCCCUCAGAGGAGGGGGUGCUCGAGUGCGGGGCCAUGGGUCCCGCGUGCGUGCUCACUCUUCUGGCCCUCUACCUCGUUGUGCUUUGCAUGUUUGAGGUUGCGCCGUGCAUGCGGUUGGUUUUGAGACGGGCCCGACGCUAGACAUCCAAUUGAUUUUUCUAGGGUGUUGCGCUGGU